CGAAGCUGUGCUGGUGUCGGCAGGGCUGUGAUAGCCUUAGGACUACAAGGCCCAGGAUGCCCCUCGGUGGCACGGUAGUCCUAUAUUUAUGCAGACUGCAACGCCGGUUUGGGUUUAGUGCAGGAGUCAAGCUUGGAGUGGCAGGAACAGGUGGCAAGAUGAGCAAGAACGGAAAGCAAGAGGCGGUGGGGGCAGACAGAGAGCAGUUCGUGGGCUACUUCCCCCAGAUUGUGAAGGACCUGACGGAGGAUGAGCUCCACCAACCUGAAGUGGCUGAUGCUUUUGCCAGGCUGAAAGAGGUCGUGGAAUACAAUGCUGUCGGUGGCAAGUAUAACCGGGGGCUGACGGUGGUAGCUGCUUUCCGGGAGCUGACAUGGCCAGAUCAGCAGGACCAGAAAAGCCUACAGAGAGCUCUGGCUAUUGGCUGGUGUGUUGAACUGCUUCAGGCCUUUUUCCUGGUGGCGGAUGAUAUCAUGGACUAUUCACUCACCCGCCGAGGCCAUGCCUGCUGGUAUAAAAAAGAAGGAAUUGGCUUGGACGCUGUGAAUGACUCCUUCUUGCUUGAGUCCAGCAUCUACCGGCUGCUGAAGCGGUACUGCCGAGGCCAGCCAUACUAUCUGAACCUGCUAGAGCUGUUCCUUCAGACAUCGUACCAGACUGAGCUGGGCCAAACCCUCGACCUUAUCACUGCGCCCCCCUCUAAAGUGGAUCUGAACCGCUUCACAGAGCAGAGAUACAAGGCCAUUGUGAAAUACAAGACGGCGUUCUAUUCCUUUUACCUGCCGGUGGCAGCUGCAAUGUAUAUGGCUGGCAUUGAUGGUGAAGAGGAGCAUGCUCAUGCCCGAGCAAUCCUGUUAGAGAUGGGGGAGUUCUUCCAGAUCCAGGACGAUUUCCUGGACUGCUUUGGCGACCCCAGCAUGACUGGCAAGAUCGGGACGGAUAUCCAAGACAACAAGUGCAGUUGGCUGGUGGUGGAGUGCUUGAAGAGGGCCUCGGCAGAACAGCGACGCCUCCUAGAGGAGAACUAUGGACAAAAGGACCUGGACCAAGUCGCCCUUGUGAAGCAGCUCUAUGAGGAACUGGGCCUGGAAGCCAUCUACCGAGAGUACGAAGAGACCAGCUACCAGUCCUUGUUGUCGCUUAUUAAUCAGCAUGCUGUGAGCCUGCCCAGCCAGAUUUUCUUCGGCCUAGCCCAGAAGAUCUAUAAGAGACAGAAAUGACAGAGCGGGCUCUUGGGAAGAAGCAAGCCCGUCUCUUCUGCCCGUGGCCAACAAGACUUUGGGCCUAGUUCUAACCUCCUGUGGGCUAAGUGGGGAGGGUCUCUGUGUGCAUGUGUGGUGGACAGAAAUCUAAAACGGUUCUCUGACCGGGCUCAGGGUUUGCUCCACGGUGGGUGGGUCUGGAACAGUUUAUCUGUAAGGGUGUUCUACACUACAAAACUUAAGCCAGUUUUAAACCCAUUUCCUUGUUAACAGAACAUGUUACAACUGGGGGAGUUUGUGUGAAAAGGCCAAGGAUUUCCUGGGUCAAGAAUUCCCACGCGUACUUGGAAUACUAGAACUCCCAGCUUCCAUCACAGGUUCAGGUACUGGGUGGGGAGGAACUACAACUAUUUUAAGUCAGUGACACGGCCAGGGUUGGGGGUUCGGUAAAAUGCUGUGACACUCUGCAGGGGUCUUCCUGCCUGAUUCCCUAGGCGCUGUCCAAAGUGUCAGUUCAGUUUGUGACUGGCUGUGCUCCCUGCCCACCCCACUACCCUGCCCUCUUUAUUUUCAUCCCAUGGCUCUCUCCUUCUCUCUACGGCAGUUAUGGCUACGUAUUUAAAAUAAAUCAUCCCCCUCAAGGAAUAGGAGGGUGUAGGGUUUUGUUAGGGUUCCCCCCCCUGCAUUGUAUAUGCAAACUACACUAUCUCAGGGGUGAGCAGACAUGUAAGGAAAAUCGUCUGGGGUGAAGGUUCUGUCUUCUCUCCCAUUUGCCGCCUUCAAAAAACCAAAUCCCUCCAUUAUGGAGCAAGCCUCUUUGGAUUUAGGCUCACAGCUUCUCUCUUUAACCCAGAAUGUGGGGCAAGUGUGAUGGAAGGGAAGCAACCUGAUCUAUUGGACUGUACAUACCCCUGGGUGGCAGGGAUUUUUUUCACCAAGCCUGUCAACUUCUUGGAACUGGGGGGAAAAAGUAGUGAAGUAGAGCCUGGGAUGCUGGGGAUUGUGAUGUGGAGGGUGGGUGCCUUGUGUCAGUUUUGUCUCUUCUCUGUAUGUGUCUUAGGUCAGGAGCCGUAAGAAGGCAGAAUCGGGAGAAAAGUUGGUAGCAAUAAAUUAUUUCAAAACCGGA